AAAAAUAUGACAGAAACAGAUCAACUACCGAGUCAUUUUAAUCACGAGAGAUUGCGUUUGUUGAGUGUGCAAAAAAUCAUUAAACUGCUGUGAAAAAGGUGAAAAACCAUUGAAUAUCAGAUUUAUAUUGCAUAUAGUAACAGUCGCGUAGAGUUCAAAGCUAACCAUUGUAAUCUAUGGCGGAAAUGGAGGAAUUGUUGAAUGAAACCGUACCACAGUCAGAAUUAGAGAAAUUUGAAAAGAAGUACAACCGGGAGCUGGGAGAGAAAGUGCUAUCGCACACGACGCAGUUCGAAUAUGCCUGGUGCUUGGUGAGGAGCAAUUAUCGGAAUGACAUGAAAAGCGGAAUCACCCUCCUGGAAGAUUUGUGUAUCAAGAACUCGGAGGGCAAGCGAGACUAUAUCUAUUAUCUAGCUGUGGCCUUUACCAGACUGAAGGAAUAUCAGACUGCAAUGAAAUAUGUACAGGCCUUCCUGGAAAUCGAACCUAACAACCAGCAAGUUAUAUGUCUGGAAGAGUACAUCAAAAAGAAGAUCAACAUCGAAGGGCUAAAGGGUGUCGCCAUGGCCAGUGGAGCUGCACUCGUACUUGGGGGCGUUCUUGGCAUAGGAUUUGCGCUGGCAAAGAAAUGAGGGUCAUCCAAAAAGUAAAAUUCUGAUCGGCAGCUAAUAAAAUAUUGCUAUAUUGUUGUGAACUGUAUAUUGUGCAGAUUGUUAAAAAGCUUGCUGUCGAGAAUGUUUACUUGUGUAUAAGUCAGUUCGUGUGUUAUCGUACUCUUGUAAAAGUAUAGAUUUUGGAUUGUAUAGCAAUGCAAACAAAUUUGGCAACCUAGAUGAAACUCAAAUUUGUAAUGAACAUGGCGAUAUCAGUUUUAAGUUUUUGAGUUGGAUGAGCGAUCUUGUUUUUGAUGAAAAAAGUGAGGAUAUUAGUAGCAAUAUAUUAUCUGUAAGUCAUCCUACAUGCUGAUGCAGAUUUUCUAUUCAUGCUAGACAAGCUCAAAAAAUAUACUAACCUCUACAUAGAGAGAAAGCGAAAUCAGCGAGAAGUAAUUCAAAGCAAUCAUGUGAGUAGAAACCGGACGGAACUGAAAUAAUUGCCUCCUUUCGUUAUGUUGCCGUAAGCUACUCACAUCCUAGCUUUAAAUUGAUGUAAGCUGGUUACUCACGUCCUAGUUUCAGUAUCAUCUCCAGCUCAUUUUAUCGAGUUCACUAUAUGCACCCUUAUGUUGAGUAAUGAAACGAUUCCAAUCAUUUGUUCGAAAAAGUAAUCCACCCUACGGCAUGAUGAGAAGUGAUAGAAUGUAAAGAGCAGGAAUGAAUAUGUAUAAUAUAGGAUAGAUAUAAGUUGUACAAAUAUAACAGCUGCACAGAUUCGUAAAAAUAA